AUGACCACUUCCGUCCCACCCACACCCGGCCCCCUCUCCCUGCUCGACUUCCCUAUAGAGCUCAUCCGCUCCAUCACCGGCCAUCUCUCCCAAUCCUCCGCCGUCGCUCUCGCUCUCACUUGCCGCCAGCUCCGGGAAGCCGCCGAGAGCGUCAUCUGGCAUCACCUAUUCGUCACCGACCGCGCAACCCCGCCUCGCUUCCCAUCGGCUCCCUCUCCAACGCUCGCCCAGGCCUAUAUCCCCUCUUCUAUCCUCUCCGCGCCUCCUAGGGGAGUUUUCACAUUACCGAGCCCCUCUGCUUCACACGCGCUCAUCGACACUCUCCUUACCUACCUCUCCGCCCAGCCUUGGCGCGCUACUCAGCUCCGCACCCUCAUCUUGGAUCUGCGACAUGAGCUCCCCGCCUCCAUCCUCGACGUCCUCACCCUCUGUACUGGACUAGAGCACCUCGAGCUACGUUCGCCGGGUCCGUCAUUUACCGUCGCGCCCUACGCCCUGACGGCAACGCUCGACCUCUUCCGGUCACUCCCCUCUCCACUCCCUUCGCUGCUCCAUCUUCGCCUGGAGGUCCGGUAUCGGUGGAAUGAAACACUCGUCGAGAUCGUCGAGAAGGUUCCCAAUCUCGAGGUACUCCAUAUCCUCUCGCAUCCACGGCGGAUAUCGGGCGGAGUACCUCCGAUCCGAUCAAAGCUCAUCCCUUGGGGUACACUGCCGCGGUUGCGCGAGCUUAUCGUCGACGAGAUGGAGCAGAGCUUCGUUCCUACCCUGACGCCGUUGAUACAAGCAGCGCUCCGCCUCGAAGCUGUAGCGCUGCGGGAUCACGCACAUCGAUGGAAACCUACGCCGGAAUGUCCCCUCCUUACGGCGUUGGCGGAGAAGGAGACUUUGAGGAGAUUGGAGUGUACCUACUCCUGCUUUCCCUUCUUCCUCGCUCCUGGCGCUUUCGAGAAUCUAGAGUCAUUGUCCAUGCUAUGGAGCACAAACCUAGCUUUCGGGCCCACCAAGACAGAGCCCAUCAUCCCCGCACUGCCGAAUCUCCAGCAGUAUCAGCUCGACAUCUCCCUCUACACCUCUUCAUCCGAUAUGGACCUCCACCGCCACAUGCUCGUCCUCAGCUCUAUCGCUUCCGACAUCCUCACACGCGCUAGCCGGACCCUCCACUCCUGUCCCAAACUCACAACGGUCUACCUGCCCCCUCACCUCGACUACCACUCGCGAGCGGACGAGAUCUGCCCGCCCGCGCCCGACCCACACGGUCCGGCAUUCACAGGCAUGGUCGUCCAGACCUAUUCGGAUCCGUCGGAUAGCGGGCCCAGCGUCACGCACUACCGGUCCAAGAUUACGACUGAGUAUCCCUUAAUGCGUAGACCGGAGGGAUGGGCGGAACCGUACGAUGACGGAACAGGGAAUUGGCAGGAGGGGGCCAUGAGGGAAGAUGGGUCCACUUUGCCCGUGUCCGUAUUGGCGGCGAUGUGUUGGGCUGGAGGGGUGAAGAUGGGGCGCGAGACUUUAUCGAGGGAAGGGGUGUUGCCGGCGGUAUCGUGGAACGUGUUGAGAUGCUGGGAGUUGCGGCAAGAGUGGCAUAACGUGUGCCUCUAA